AUGUCGGAGGAGCCUCAGUACAGAGACGACCCUGAGAAAACCGAGGCCAUCGCCGAGGCCUUUCGACACUCUUGGAUGGGCUACUACACCUACGCCUUUCCAAGGGAUACCUUGAACCCGUUGAGUGAGACAUUUGAGAAUGAUUUGAGUGGAUUUGGUAGUACGGCCAUCGAGUCGUUGACCACAGCCAUCAUCAUGGGUGAAAAGACCAUCGUAGAUCGCAUCAUGUGGUACGUUGGCAGCGCCACUUUUUAUGUCACCAAGCUGGUCGCCGAAGAAGUCAACGUCUACGAGGCGACUAUUCGACUUAUUGGCUCAAUGGUCUCGGCUUACGACCUCCUCAACGGCCCCUAUCGAAAAUAUGUCACAACAAAGUCCAGCUUGAACGCCCUAUUGGACCAGGCCGUCAUCCUUACAGAGGCUUUGAAAGUCGCCUUUGGCACGAAAACAAGAAUUCCCGCCAGCGGUGUCCUCUUGACGCCCGUGGUAACGAGGUCAGGACGUCUCGAGACAACCCUAGGAACAGCCGGCGGAAUGGGCGUGGAGCUAGACGGCAUCCACCACCGGACUGGCCUCAAGAAGCUCUGGAAGAACUUUGUCAACGGAUUCAAAUCCCUCAUCAGGCAAGACAUCCUGCACGGCGAGGUCAUACCAGGUUUGUUCCCGGACAUGGUCAACACCAAGCAAGGGGGUUUCUUUGGCAAUCAGGGAGGCUACACGAAAAACACGGCACCCUUUUACUACGGCAUGAUAAAGCUGCGCAACAUGGACUCGAGACGGUAUAAACGUACGGGGGACCUGUGGGUAGAGUCGGUCGAGCCACUUAUGAAGCAUCUUACCUCGCAUCCCAUGAACCAUCCGAAUUUGACCUUUUUGGCUGGCGUCCAGGACAAACUGACUAUACCCAGGGCAGAGCUGACAAGCUGCUCUGCCGGUGCCAUGUUCCUCCUAGGCGGUGCCACCCUUAAAAAGCAGCGCUACAUCGACUUUGGCCUCAGAAUCGCCGAGACGUGCUGGGCCGUUGCCAACAGCAUGCCCUCAGGUCUUCCCCCCCGCGUGUUCAAAUGGGUCGACGAUAAACUCCCACCCGGCACAAAAGAUAACCCCCUCCCGCCGGUUUACUUGGAAGCAUUCGCCAACGAAACGGGUUUCUGGCCUACGCAGCGCUCCAGCACUCUCGAAUCAGAACUCUUUGAGACAAUGUACUACGCAUACCGCAUGACGGGGGAUACAAAGUGGCAAGACCGCGCAUGGGACAUGUUUCUAACCAUCAACUCUACAUGUCGCGUCGAAAACGGCUUCGUGGGGAUAAAAGACGUGACAGUAAAUACCCGACUUGAUCUAAAAGGAGCCCUGUGGAUGUCGCGGACGCUCAAGUACUUGUACCUCAUGUUUGCUCCCAAUGGGCCGUGGCAGCUGAAGUGGGAUGGUGACGGGGCUUUUGUGUUUUCACAUGGUGGACAUUUGAUACAGAAGCCUCUGUGGAGGAGUCUGACCGCCUUUGGGAAUAAGAGACGUCCGGUGCUGAAGGACUGGGAUGAGAUUGAUCCCAGGCUUAUAGGUGGUUAUCAAGGGACGGAUCAUGAGGGUUGA